UCUUCCUCGCUGGAUGAAGCUAUUAUUUACUUCCGGGUCUGACUUUCUUCCUCUUCCGGUUGGCGUCCGUUGGUGUGUCAGUUCAUCCAGUCAGAAUGGCAAAGUCGAAGAAUCACACAACUCACAACCAAUCUCGUAAAGCCCACAGAAAUGGCAUCAAGAAGCCCAGAUCUCACCGUUAUGAGUCAUUGAAGGGGAUGGACCCCAAGUUCCUGAGGAACAUGCGCUUUGCCAAGAAACACAACAAGAAAGGCAUGAGGGCACAAAGGAAGGCAGCGGCAGUGGCAGCGGCAGCAGCAGCAGCUGCAGCGCCUGCAGUCGCACCAUAGUCUGUUUUCUAGUCACACAUCUGUGUCACUGUCACAAUAAAGCUAUGCUUUGUUAAAAAA